AUGUUUCGUCUAAUACCACUCAUUUUAUACAAUAUCUUGAGAGUCACCAAAGCGAAUAUACGUGAGAACGAGCCGGACGCAGUAAUAACAUCAAAUACAAUAGACAUUGAUGAAUUAAUAUCGAAUGGUAUUCCUAAAUUCGAUAACUUCUACAUACCAUCUAUAGAUUUGAGGGACAAUAAAACGAUAAGAAGACGUUCAGACGAAAUCGAAUUAACCGUAGAUUCACUCCCACUUCUGAUGACAGCACAAAUUGAACCCGUUCCUCACCAGAAUAUGACGCAGGAUUUAAAAGAAUUUUACGAGUUGAAUAGUAUGGUAUCCAAUAUCACUAGGAGAUAUUACUUCCGGGACCGUGAGGAUUAUCCAAAUAAUAUUGAAAAAUCGAAAAUUGAGAAAAUGGAUAACGUAGCCCUUCAAUUCUUAUUCCACUCUAGGUACCUGAUCAAGAAGGUGAUUACCCAGAAACGGAAGUACCGCAGGAGUUAUCGUUAUAAAAUUGGUUACUUAUUUAACAGAUUGAGACGGUUGAGAUAUGAACAACUUAAAAUAGUAACGGUCGCCGAAAACCAGGUUCAAAUAGAUAAACAUAGGUCAUCGUUAAGUAGACAAGAUCUGACUUCUCUGUUACGCUUUUAUGAGAAAGUAGUUCGUUUUGACAUUGAUGUAAAGGACACCAGGAAUUGGAUUAAAGAACUACACAAGCAGAAACAAGCGAUCGACGAGGAGAAAGAGGUCUAUAUCCCGAAAAAGAACAAGGCAACUCCCAGGCCAACAAUGGCACCCAAACCUCCUAUACUUUUAUAA